AUGAACAAUUCGCAAUUCCGCCGUCUUCUGAUCGAUACGCCGCGACCACAAGGCGAUGGCACUGGCAAGUCGCCGCCAGCAGGCACGCCCAAAGCGGUGCUGGGCGCGCGCAAACACUCUAGUAUACCCAUGACCCCUCGUCAAGUCGGCCGAGGCUCUGUCCAGUCGGAUUUUGCUCGUCAGCUCGCUGAACGCAACGCCAAAGCAAACCCCAAUAAGAAGGCACGCAUGUCUGCGCCCAAGGGAACCAAGCUGGCUGCUGGCUACAUCGACCGCACCAAGGAGCGCACUGAUGAAGAGAACAAUGAGAUUGUGCAGCGUAUCAAGGCGCUGGAGGAAUCGAUGAAGCAAGGGGACAUUGACCGCGAGACAUUCGAAAAACAGGUGCAGGAGAUCACGGGCGGCGACCUUGGGACUACUCACUUGGUCAAGGGCUUGGACAGGAAGCUGCUCGAGAGGGUACGGCGCGGUGAGGACAUACUAGCGAAGGAAGACAACAAGGAAGAUGAGGCGGAAGAAGAGGAAGCCCCGGAGGUGGAGGAGGCCUUCGACGAACUGGCACAUGAAGAGGUGGGCCCUAUUCUCCGCGACAAGGCUGAAAAGAAGGGCGAGAAAUUGACAACACCACUACCAGUCGUUGGUGUCAAGCGUAGUCGGAACGACAUCUUGAAGGAACUCAAGAGACAACGAGAGGAAGCUGCUCGAGCGGCUGCGGCUGAGCACGAGAAGAGAUAUCCCACUCUAGGGCCUGGAUUCCGCAAAGUCAACCCAAAAGGGGAAACAUCUCGCAUUGAAACCGACGAGAAAGGCCGCGAGGUCUUGAUCAUCACUGGGCCUGAUGGCAAAGAGAAGCGGAAGGUCAAGAAGCAAAAGAUUGUUGAGGAAGCACCGCCCGAGGUGCGAUACGACUUGGACGAUCCCGACAAGCCGAUAAACAUGCAUAAUCUGCCAGAGCCGAAGGAGGAUUCUGAGGAUGAUGACAUCUUCGAAGGCGUAGGGUCUAAUUACAAUCCUCUUGCUGAUCUAGGCGAUGACGAUGGCGACGAUUCAGACGAGGAAGAAGCAGAAAAGGCUCCUGAAACAGCUGUAGAAGUCGUUGACCCACCUGUGGGAGAGCAUCAAUCAGAAGAAACGGUGGUCCCACCAAUAUCAGAAGAGAAAACAGAUCACACAGCAAGCAGCACAGUGCCUGCAAAACGAGAUUACUUCAGUUCGAUUACUCGUGGCACGUCCUCGGAGAAUCCAUCUGGAGUCUCUUUGGCCGAUGCCACUGUGCGAGCAGCUCUCGCCAAAGUCCGCAAUCUUGACGAGAAUUCCACUCUGCUCCAAAACUUGUCCUCAGACCCGAACGACCCCAGCUCGAAAGAAGCCCGGCUCAAGAAGCGUGCUGCAGAGUUGGCGGCCUCCGACCGCGAUAUGGAAGAUAUGGAUCUCGGGUUUGGAGCUUCACGAUUUGAUGAUGCCGAGGAGAUGGAGCGAGAGGGCGAGAGAGUCAAGUUCAGCCAAUGGAAGGGCCUUGGUACUGAAGGAGAUGAUGAUGAUGAUGAUGGAGAAGAGGGUGCCAGGGGUGCGAAGAAACAAAGGAAGAGAGGCGGAAAGAAGAGGAAAGGAGACAAGAAUAAUCCUGACGAUGUACUCAAGGUUAUGGAGAGACAGCAAGAGAAGAAGGCUAAGACGCUGGGCUAA